AUGGAGAGGGGGUGUGGCCUUCACAGGGCGAAACAAUAAAUACCGAUUGCAAAUUUGUUCGGCCCAGCUCACACAUUUGAGUUCUGGAACAGAAGUGCAGAGGCUACUCACAAACGAGGACAAGAAAUUCAGGCAAAAUGGUGAAAGUUGGAGUCAAUGGAUUUGGGCGUAUCGGUCGCCUGGUUACCCGUGCUGCUUUCCAUUCCGGAAAGGUCCAGGUUGUGGCCAUCAAUGACCCCUUCAUUGACCUGGACUACAUGGUCUACAUGUUCAAGUAUGACUCCACCCACGGACGUUUCCAUGGUGAGGUGAAGGCUGAGGGCGGAAAGCUCCACAUCGCUGGCCACGUCAUCACCGUGUUCCAUGAGAGGGACCCCACCAACAUCAAAUGGGGUGAGGCUGGUGCCGACUACGUGGUGGAAUCCACUGGUGUCUUCACCACCAUUGAGAAGGCCUCUACUCACCUGAAGGGAGGUGCCAAGAGGGUCAUCAUUUCCGCCCCCAGUGCUGAUGCUCCCAUGUUUGUGAUGGGUGUCAACCAUGAAAAAUAUGACAACUCCCUGAAGGUUGUCAGCAAUGCCUCCUGCACAACCAACUGCCUGGCUCCCCUGGCCAAAGUCAUCAAUGACAAAUUCACAAUUGUUGAGGGACUCAUGAGCACAGUACACGCCAUCACGGCUACCCAGAAGACCGUGGACGGGCCCUCUGGCAAGCUGUGGAGGGACGGCCGUGGUGCCAGCCAGAACAUCAUCCCCGCCUCCACUGGUGCCGCCAAGGCUGUGGGCAAGGUGAUCCCUGAGCUGAACGGCAAGCUGACCGGUAUGGCCUUCCGUGUUCCCACUCCCAACGUGUCCGUGGUUGACCUGACUGUCCGUCUGGAGAAACCAGCCAAGUAUGAUGACAUCAAGAAGGCGGUUAAGGAAGCGGCAGAAGGACCCAUGAAGGGCUUUCUGGCAUACACAGAAGACCAGGUGGUAUCCACCGACUUCAAUGGGGACAUCCACUCCUCCAUCUUUGAUGCUGGCGCUGGUAUUGCGCUCAAUGAGCACUUUGUUAAGCUUGUCUCAUGGUACGACAAUGAGUUCGGCUACAGCAACCGCGUCGUUGACCUGAUGGUCCACAUGGCCUCAAAGGAGUAGAGCUACCAGCAGACUCAUCUCCUCUCCUUGAUUGGACUCUCCAUCAGACUGCCUGUGAACACAUACAAAUUCAAGCUGUGUUCAUUUCUUUUGUACUAAAAAUAAGCCCUGUUCUGUUCAGUGUGAGGUCAAUUGCAUUCAAAAUCGAACGCAAUUCAAAUUUCGGUUUGGUCCCGUUAGACUGCACAGUUUGUCAUCAAAAUAAAGUCCUCUGUUUGUGAGUAAA